GUUUGCUAAUAAAAUUGCUAAAAAAAACAAGACGACGUGAUAAAAGAAAAUGCAAAUCAUGCACAAAACAACGCUUUUAAUUAUUUAAUCCUCAAAUUGGAUUCCGAAUCGUCGAAGAUAAUAUAUCAAAGUCUUCCACGUUCCACAUGGCUCUGCAUAAAAUUAACAAUUAUCUCCCAACUCUGGGAAAGAGCAUGCUCUGGCAUUGGCAAUAAUGGCAAUGGUUUCCCACAGCUUUUGCAGACCUCCAUUCCCAAUUCCCUGGUAACUUACCCACUGCCCAAAAGGGUCCUUUUCGAGAUUGCCAAACAAAAAUUUCCUGGUAAUUAACUUGGGAAAUGGAUUCGCUGCCGCCGCCGCCUUCCGCCACAAGAUUGGUCGAGAUCUGCCGGGUCACUCCGCCGCCGGAGUACUCCUCCACCGAAAUCUCCCUACCCCUCACUUUCUUCGACACCAUCUGGCUCAAGUUCCACCCCGUGGAGCGCAUCUUCUUCUACAGGCUCUCCUCCUCCGCCACGUCAUCGCCGUCCGAAUUCCACGCCGCCGUCGUCCCCCGCCUCAAGCGCUCCCUCUCCCUCGCCCUCCACCGCUUCCUCCCUCUCGCCGGCAACCUCACCUGGCCGGCCGACGCCGACGUCCCCCUCAUCCUCUACUCCCCUGGCGACGGCGUCUCCCUCACGAUCGCCGAGUCCGCCGCCGACGAGUUUGACCCGCUCGCCGGGGACGGGCCCCGCGACGCGAUUCUGUCACGCGCCUACUUGCCAAAACUCUGCGUUUCGAAGUCGAACGGCGCCGUUUUGGCGCUGCAGAUAACGCUGUUCCCGAGCAAGGGAUUCUGCAUCGGGGUGGCGGCUCAUCACGCCGUCUUGGACGGGAAGAGCACCGUGAUGUUCCUCAAAGCCUGGGCGCACAUCAGCAGCAAGCUGGGAUCGUGCGAUGACGGCGACGGAAGCUUGACGGAGGAAUUGACGCCGUUUCUUGAUCGGACGGUUGUAAAGGAUCCGGAAGGGAUAGCGUUGGAGGAUGUGCAGGCGUGGAUGUGUCUCUGUGGAGGUCAGAAAAGCUUGGAGCUUUGGCCGGAGGCUGUGCCUACUGAUUCCGAAUCCAAUCAGGUACGCGCAACAUUCAAGCUAUCAAAACAAGACAUACUGAGACUCAAGCAAAGCGUAAUGCUUCAGUUGGAAAGCAACGAUAGCAAGCUGGAGAUCCGUCCUCGUAAUUUAUCGACGUUCGUCGUCACAUCCACAUACGCCCUUGUCUGCAUGGUAAAAGCUAAAGGAUUAGUGCUUGAGGAAGAUAAGAAGGCAUUGCUUAUUUUCUCAGCGGAUUGCAGAUCCAGAUUAGAACCGCCACUGCCUUCGAACUACUUUGGCAACUGCGUCAUGCCCUUCAACGCCGAUCUAACUAUUGGAAAUCUGAUCGAUCACGAGGCUGGGAUCACAUACGCUGCUCACAAGCUUGUUGAGGUGAUAAGAGAGUUAGAGAAAGGUGUGCUUGUCGGGGCGAAGGGGAGGCUAGCGAGGUUCUUCGGUGAGAUGGAGGAAAGGAAAGACGAAGUAGUUAUUGGAGUUGGCGUGGCCGGGUCGCCCCGGUUUGGGGUUUACGGUGUGGAUUUCGGGUACGGGCGACCCGAGAAGGUGGAGAUCACGUCUAUAGAUGGAUCGUCGGCUAUGUCCAUGGCGGAGAGUGGUGAUGGAAGCGGCGGCGUUGAGGUUGGCGUUGCUAUGGAGACGCAGGAGAUGGCGGGCUUCACCUCUGCUUUCAUCGACGGGCUUAAUAAAGUUGCCUGAGCUAGGGAAAAAUAAAAUAAAUUCUGGUGUAAUAUUUGUUAAAAGCAUGGUCCAUUAAACCGUACCGUAUCGACGGUUCAACCACAAAAUACCAGUAUUGGAGGCAAAAUCGAUAGGCGGUAUUUAACGGUACUAACGGUUGAACUACGGUUAAACCACGGUUUUGUCAUAAAAUACCCUAUUGCUGACUUUUCCGGUACGGUCUCCGGUACGGUUUCAUGGACCAUGGUUAAAAGAUUGAUGAAUAUGUGGUGGGAGCAAGGACCAGGAAACCGGAUCGUACCGGCCGGCCCAACCGGUCCAACCGGGAAUUGGACCAAAAACGAAACGACAUGCAUUUAGUGGUAGAAUUAUCGUAUCAGCCGGUUUUUUCGAUUUAACCGGUCUGAAACGAAAUACCGUCCGGUUUUGUUCCAACCGGCGGUAGACUAUUCCCAAUGAAACACGACUGUUUUUGCAACAAAAAUGAAG